AUGGCUCAACGUCGGCGCAAUCGCCCCCUCGGAAAGAGGAAACGUGCUCCAACCGAGAGCGUUCUUCUGGAUUUGAUAAACUCAUGCACCGAUCAGGCACGUCGCAAGCAGGCAUUCCGCGAGUACAACACCAAGGACAAGGCAGUGGUAACAGCCGUGAAGGACAAAGACUUAGCCGUCAAGGACAAAGAAUUAGCCGUGAAGGAAGCCGUGAAGGACAAAGACGAACAGCUGGUCGCAUUGAAGGUCGAAAACAAGAUGCUUCAUCAGGGACUUCUGCAAGUACAGGGUCUGCUGACAAGCAGGGGACUCUUUGAACGGAUUGCUCAACUUGCUUUCGCUGAGCAGAAAGUUGCUGGUCAUGUCAAGGGAACCUUCAACUGCACAUCUGCUUUGGAGCAAGUCGUCAUCACUCCCCAAUCAGGACCUUGGUCGAAGCUGCUCAAAGAGACAAUAAAGAAGUGUGCUCCAGCAGUGGGGAAAUCCAAGGACCUGCAGAAGAAAGAGCUCCAGCGUCUCUGGGCGGACUUGUCAAACGCAAUCCAUGGUCAUGCCUGGUAUGGUCCUGGCGUGAAGGUGGUGGCAGCGCUUAGCAAGACUGGCAAGUGUGUCAUCGCUCGGCUCGCGGAGGCCGGUAUUCCGUCAGGCGCCGCGUCGCCCGAGCAGAGGACAAAGCUCUGCGAGCGGGACGCGCCGGAUGCUUCCUCGGCCGGUCUGGAAGUGGUGCAUUGGAUGGUCGAGCUGAUGAAGAAGGAGGGGAAGUGGGACACCAAGAAAGCUUGA